CAGAUGUGAAUGAAUUUCUGACCGAAGGCAUUUCUUAUCGUCGUCUCAUCUCAGGGAUUUCCAGUGAGGUGAAUAAUAAUUGAUGUCUUACCGCAUUAGAAGAAUAAUCCCAUUCACAAGAUGGAAGCUUUCCCGGUGAGUGAAUUUUUCAACCCUUUUUGCUCAAUCCACUAUUAUCAUCGGACUUUUCCAAACAAGAAGCUGUGAUCGGAUUUUUGGUGCAGGAUUUCUGGUUUGAAAACAUUACCCAUUCAGUGUAGAUAGCUAUUCAGAUGUAGCCAUGGUUACCAUUACAAACUACGAUACGUAAACACAUCUUGAUAACAAAGCUGGAACUCGGUAAGAAAAGAAGAAUCGAUGGUGCAUAGGCGCUUAAGUUGGUGACUGAUAAUACUAAAAAGCAUUGGAAGGUGACAUUGACACGAUAAGCCAAAGAAAGUGACGCAAGAAUUUGUAACAUUUCAUCUGAUACACAUCUCAUUUUUAUCAAAGAUACCAUUUUAGAAAUGGUGAACAGAGGUGCAAUAUGCAUAAUUUUUCUCACGAUACCUAUUGCUUUUGGCCUGCAAAAAUUCUUACGCAUUAGUUGCCGCAAUGAAGCAUUGUUCAAAGGAAAGUACAGUGACUUGACUGUAACGUCCAGCUCAUCGCAUAUCAUAUCAUUGACAACGGAGCUUCAAGUGCGACAUUGUGCAAGGGGAUGCACCAAGAACACACUGUGCAAGUCUUUCGCAUUCAACAAACUACUGUCUGAGGGCAAUUGUAAGUUGUUGAAUAACGAGAAGUCAGAUCUCAAGACCAAUGACAUCAUAUCAUCCUCUGGGUGGAUAUUAUACGAGCCGGUAGAACAGACUUCAUCCAGAUGUCAAGGAAGGUGUACAGUGGGUUAUGUUUGCAAAGAAACUUGUGCCAACACUGAUGGAUAUAUCUGUGAAGAUGUAAACGAAUGUUUGACAAGUCCAUGUUAUAAUGGAGGAACAUGCAUCAAUACUGUUGGAAGCUUCUCCUGCACGUGUGCACCAGGCUGGGAAGGAACAGAUUGCCAAAUAGAUAAAAACGAAUGUCUGAACAAUCCAUGUUUGAAUAGCGGGACCUGCUCUAAUAGCGUAGGGAGCUACUCGUGCACAUGCACACAAGGAUGGACUGGUCAUGAUUGCCAAACAGACAUUAACGAGUGUUUGACUUCUCCUUGUGCUAAUGGUGGAACAUGCUCCAACACUGCCGGGAGCUACAGCUGCUCCUGUUCAUCGGGAUGGUCAGGAACACAUUGUCAGACAGCGGUGCUUCGAACAAUAAGGUCAAUCAACCACCCGUCUAAUUAUUUGAAUAGCAACACGCAAUCUUGGCAUCUCUCAUUCGGUACUUGCAAGAUCGAAAUAACAUUUGACCCAUUUUUAACAGAGAGUACUCACGACAAAGUUUCAUUAUGGGACGGUCCUUCAACUUCUUAUUCUUUGAUUGCAACACUGAGUGGCUCCCGUGCAGGCGCCACCUAUCGUUCAACUGGCCCUUCGAUGUAUGUUCAAUUUACAACUGACGGUUCUGUAGUCAAUACUGGUUUCUUAGGAACGUAUAGAUGUUAUGCUUAAGACAUUCAAGGUAUUCAAUUAUCAAUAUUUGUCUCUUGUUUGUAAUUAUUGCUCUUAAGUGUAAUUAUUGUUUGUUCUGUGAUAAUGAGCGGGUAAGAGAUCAAGUAGGAGCAAAAAUAGCUAAUAACAUGUUGCGAGAAAUUCAAAAGAGAACAAUCAGAAAGUAUUGAAGAGCAGAGGUGACAGCUUCGUACUUGCUUCCAUCGAAGGAGAGACAGAAGGAAAAAGAAAGACGAAAGAAGGAGUAGAGAGGUAGAAUGGAUGACAAACAUCAUAACAUGGCAAGGUGAAGCAAGCGCAUAGACAUGCUUAUAAGAGGAGGCCAACGAUCCAAUCUUGCUCGAUUUUGGCAAGAUCAUUCUUUGAUUCUAUGAUAUAAAGAAGUCUAAAGGCUGAUGACAGACAAAGCUCCGGUAAAGCUAAACCACUCAAGCGCGGAUGGUGGCAAAAAAUAAUCAUAGUUUCUCAGCAAGAAAAUAGUGUGGGAAGGGUCUUGGAGCUUCUUUUUUUACAUUGUUCGAUUACUCAUUCUUCUCAUAAAUGACAAAACUGAUUUACGCGCAGAAAAGCAGGAAAACUGUAAUAGGCCUUCGUUAUAUUUAUUUUUUUCCAAAUGGACAAAUCAGAAUUUCCGUCUGCAGGAAACAGAUAAUAGCAUCAUUCCUCAUACUUCAGUGUAAAUUUUUUCAGUUGCUAUCCAUUCUAAAAUGUCUAAAUGUUAUGACAAAUGGCGGUAAUAAUUUCAAAAAAUUAUCUCUUUUCUAUGUUCUCAGUUCAGGCUUUAGACUGCCAAGAGUACGAUCUAGUUAAUAUAGGUCACUAUCUUGUAUUGCCAUAAGUAAAGAAUUUUUAAAGCAACGUUGCUUUCUUGAAAUAUUCGAUAAAUCAUCUAUUCAAAGCAAACAGGCAUGUUAUAUAACUAGGAACUUAAUUAAAAUAAGAAUCUAAUGAAUACUAAAAUUAAAUGAUAACUAACAUGCCAAAACUUUCAUUUAAUAUCGAAAUAAACUAUCGAAUUUAAUUUCCCCAGUCAACAUGCAUAGAAAAGUAAUAACAUGCAUUUUAAUUCUGAAUGGGAUUAGGUAC